ACUCGGAGCGGGAGCGUCUGCGAACGAGUAUGCGUGUUGGUGGCAAAGCAUGUUCCCAAACUCGUUUUUACCGCGUGCGCCGUCGUCACUCUUUUGUCGGACGCCGGAGAAAUCGGAUCGGAAAACUCGCGGCCCGAUGUGCGCGUGUGUUCCGGAGUAGUGAAACGAAACGCAACAUUAACCCUUUCAACCCGGGUCGGGACCUGGAAGAAGGUGUCUUUACCUGUGCUGUGUCACGACGUGCUGAAGACCGUUUUGUGUAGAGUGAAGUGAACCGCCAUUCGACGCCAAAAUGGGAGAUCAAGCCGUGCCGAUUAAGGGCAACGUUUUGGGAUCCCUCAUCCCUGCUCGCUACAUCCUGGCCGUGCUCGGCUCCAUUGCCAUGGCCAUCAUCUAUGGUUUGAAAGUGAAUCUGAGCGUGGCGAUGGUCGCGAUGUUAAACCAUUCGGCCCUUGCACAUCACAGUGUGGCCCAUGAGAUGAAGCAGGAAAAUGCCAACGCCGAACCCGUCUGCCAGGGUUCGGGCAAUUCAACCGAAGCCGUUGAGGAUGGUCCCUUUGAUUGGAGUGAGCCGGUGCAGGGUAUCAUCUUGAGCUGCUACUUCUGGGGAUACCUCGUGUCCCAGAUCCCCGGUGCUCGAGUCGCCGAAUCGUUCUCAGCGCGUUGGGUGAUGUUCUUCUCGGUGCUGAUCAACGUUGUCUGCACGCUGCUGACCCCGGUGGCCGCCAAGAUGCACUACAUUGCUAUGAUUGUGAUGCGUAUCGGCGAGGGUAUCGGUGGUGGAGUCACGUUUCCCGCUAUGCACGUUAUGCUCGCGUCCUGGGCUCCACCGAACGAGCGGAGUGUCAUGUCGGCAAUUGUGUACGCCGGAACCGCACUCGGUACGGUCAUUUCCAUGCUGAUGGCAGGAGUUUUGGCCGGAACAUUGGGCUGGGAGUCCGUGUUCUACGUGAUGGGUGGUCUCAGUUGUUUGUGGAUGGUACUGUGGUUGUGGUUGGUACAGGACACUCCUACCAAGCAAGCAUUGAUGAGCCAAGAAGAACGUGAUCUCAUUACGUCCUCACUCGGUACUAGCUCGUCCGGUGGUCACAGUGAAUCGAAACCACCGGUACCGUGGCGUAAAGUGUUUACCUCGGCUCCCUUCUACGGCAUUCUGAUUGCGCACAUAUGCAACAACUGGGGUUGGUACAUGCUGCUGAUCGAGCUUCCGUUCUACAUGAAGCAGGUGCUGCAGUUCAACAUCAAGGAAAACGCAGUCGUCACGGCCAUUCCCUUCCUGACAAUGUGGUUCUUCAGUAUGGCCCUCAGUAAGACGCUGGAUGCUUUGCGAAGCCGAGGCAAGAUCACGACAACGAUCGCCCGCAAAACUGCUACCUUUAUUGCCUCUGCCGUUCCCAUGUUGUGCCUGUUGGCACUGUGUUACAUUGGUUGCCAGCGUGGUCUGGCCGUGUCGCUGAUGACGAUCGGCAUAACGGCAAUCGGUGGUAUGUUCUGUGGUUUGCUUUCGAAUCAUAUCGAUAUCGCUCCCAACUAUGCCGGCACUCUAAUGGCCAUCACGAACAGUGCCGCUACACUCUCGGGCAUCAUUGUACCGAUCUUUGUCGGACAGAUCACUCACGGAAAUCAAACGAUUGGCGCCUGGCGUGUGAUCUUCUACGUGACGAUCGUCCUGUACGUGGUGGAGAUCAUUGCUUACCUGCUGCUGGCGUCCGGUGAGGAGCAACCGUGGAACAAAGGUGACAAACCGCCUGCUUCCGUCGAGGCUGCCGAAGCCGAAGCGACUCCGCUGAACCAGAAGGAAUCGAAACAAAACUAUAACGCUCAGGACCAAUAA